CAUAAAAAUAUGGAUCCAAUAAGAUUUGCGUUAUUAACAGUUAGUGAUAGCUGCUAUAAACAUAAAAAUGAAGAUAAAAGUGGAUAUGAAAUAGAACAAUAUAUUAAAGAUGAAAAGUCUGAGAUUGGAAAGAUUUUGAAAGGUCAAAUAUAUCAUAAAAGUAUUGUUCCCGAUGAAGAAUAUCUAAUAAAGGAAAAUUUAAUUUCUUGGAGUGAUAGCAGACAAGUAGAUGUUAUUUUAACAAUUGGUGGUACAGGAUUUUGUAAAAGAGAUGUAACCCCUGAAGCAACAAAACAAAUUAUUCAUAAAGAAGCUCCUGGAUUAGUUACAGCUAUGCAAAUGUUUUGUUUAAAAAUUACUUCAAUGGCUAUGUUAUCUAGAGCUGUAUGUGGAAUUCGAGAUAAAACAUUAAUUAUAAAUUUACCGGGAUCACCAAAAGCUGCAAAGGAGUGUUUGAGUGUAAUUGCACCUGCUAUUCCACAUGCUGUUGACUUGAUUAGAGAUAAUAAAGAAAGAAUAAAGAAUACACAUGGAAAUAUGCAAAAUAAUAUUGGUGCGGAGAUUUCUUUACCAGGGAGACAAGAUAAAAUAUUGUCAUGCUUAUCUAAUGUAGUUGAACGAAAUAGAGAAUCUCCAUACCCAAUGAUUUCUGUUAAAGAAGCUUUAGAAUUGAUAUGUAAACAUGUAGAACCAUUAAGUAUUAAAUCAGAUGAGGAUCUAGAAAAAUGUCAUGGUAAAAUAUUGGAUGAUGAUUUACAUUCUAAGUAUGAUUUACCACCAUUUAGAGCAUCUAUUAAAGAUGGUUAUGCAGUCUUAGCAAGUGAUGGAAAAGGUAGAAGAAAAGUAUUAAGUGGAAUUAAAGCAGGAGGCAGUGCUACUGCAAUUAAACUUGAACCUGGUACAUGUGUCAGAGUAAAUACUGGUGCUCCUAUUCCAGAUGAUGCAACAGCAGUUAUUCAAGUUGAAGAUACCAAACUUGUAAAUACCACUUCAGAUAAUAUGGAGGAAACAGAAAUUGAAAUUAUAACUGUAGUACAAUCUGGACAAGACAUUAGACCAAUUGGGUGUGAUAUUAAAAAAGGAGAGUUAAUUUUAACAUCAGGGACAAAACUUGGUGCAGUUGAAUUAGGUCUUGCUGCAGCUUGUGGUUACAAAAAGGUAUCAGUCAUUGAUCUUCCAAAAAUUGGUGUAUUAUCUACAGGAGAUGAGUUACAAUGUCCUGGAAUGGUUUUAAUGCCAGGUCACAUAUACGAUAGCAAUAAAAUUACAUUAUUAACAAUGUUACAAGAAAAUGGCUUUGAUCCUUUGGACAUGGGCAUUGCAGUAGAUGAUGAAGACGUUAUGGUACACAAAAUUAAACAUGCUUUAAAGCAAGUUGAUGUACUUAUAACAUCUGGUUCUGUAUCAAUGGGUGAUAGAGACAUGCUGAAGCCUAUUCUGCAACAUUAUUUCAAUGCUACAAUACAUUUUGGACGUGUGAACAUGAAACCUGGAAAACCAACUACCUUUGCAACAUGUUCCUUUCAAAAUAAAAAAAAAUACAUAUUGGGUUUACCAGGUAAUCCAGUUUCUGCAACUGUUACUAUGAAUUUAUUUGCUUUACCUUUAAUAAAACAAUUGUGCAAAGAUUUUUCUACACCUAUAAUUCUGAAAACAAAAUUGGUGUCAUCAUAUAAUUUGGAUCCACGUCCUGAAUAUGCAAGAGCAAUUUUAACAUGGACUAAUUCAGAUACCCUGCCACUAGCACACAGUACUGGAAAUCAAAUUAGCAGUAGAUUACUUAGCUGCAAAAGUGCAAAUGCUUUAUUAAUGUUGCCAGGACGUAAGGCAGAAAAAUCUACAUUACAACCAGGAGAUAUUGUAGAAGCAAUGUUGUUAAGAUUCACACAAUGA